AUGAACAAGUCCGUCAGCUCUUUCAUGAUAGAUGACCUCUUAGAGAAUGGACCUAAGAGAAGGUCGCGGAGUCAGAAAGCCCAACCACAGGCUGUCGAAGAGUUUGAAAAUCGUCUGUCGGAAAAUUCCUUCGUUCCGCUCUCGAUACCGGAGUCCGGAGUCUUUUCGAUUCGCCAUUGGCUCGCGCAAGGAGUAGCACACCGGGCAGCCAAGAGAGAUCACUGGCAGGAAAUCGCCGAGGGCACGGGCGUUGUUGCCGGAACUACCAAUGCCUCCCCCUCCUCCACAUCCUCGACCCUUGAAGAGUCUGUAAAGAAGCCCCGAAAGGCGCGGACAGCUUUCACCGAUACCCAACUAGCAGAAUUGGAAGCCAACUUUGAAAAGCAAAAGUAUCUUAGCGUCCAGGACCGCAUUCAACUGGCCAGUCGUCUGAAAUUAAAUGAUACGCAAGUGAAGACUUGGUACCAGAACAGACGCACGUACCUCAAGCUCAAACUCCUACCUAUCGCAGGUUACACCAAAAGUAUCCUCUAUCCACCGAUAAGUCUUAAAGGCAGCUCAUCUCCCUGA